UUUGCGUGUUGUUUCAGUGCUGCUGCGAAGAUGAAUCUGAAAUUGUUGGUGAUUUUAUUGGUUGCGUUCUGCGGCUCCUCGACUUCAUCUUCCGUGAAGAGGAGUCCGUUGCAAUACGAAUUCAAGGAUAAACUUUAUUAUUUCGAAACUUUCUACAAGGCGUCGUGGUUCAAGGCUUUCAUGGCCUGCAGUAAAAAUGGCAUGGAAUUGUGGAGCAUUGAUUCCGACGAGGAGUUCGAUAAAGUGCACAAGUACGUCAAGGAGAAAAUGGAAUAUAAGAAAGAUCUGAUGAUCUGGACGGCGGGAGCGAUGAAGGAUAAAGGUCAAUUCUAUUGGAUGAACACCGGAAAUCCGGUUCGAUCCUCAAGAUGGUGGCCAACGUCACCGUCCAAUUACGAUGGAAGACAGUUCUGUUUGCACAUUUGGUUAACGGAGGGCAAAUUCUUGCUGAACGAUUUCCGCUGCGAUAUGGAAUCGUACUUCAUAUGCGAAUCGAGGAAAAUUUAAUUUAAAUUUUGAAUAUGUUAUUGAAAUUAGAGAGAGAGAAAAAAAUAAACGUUUUGUAAUACUGAUUGGAAGUUAUUAAAGAAUCAAGAAAAUUACUACCAUUCCCAUAGAAAUAAAUGCUUUAUGCAAGGUGGCGCAAAAGUAAUGUCACAAUUUGAAUUGGCUGCCAUUUUUGCAGAUGGCGCUGAAUGUCACUGUGCUUUGACAUUUAUAAUGUAGAUAUAUAGUGAAUUAGUUGUCAAUAAUCCAUGGAGCGAUGCACACUUCAAGAACGUAGAUUUAUUGUUACUUCUUAUUUGAAAAAUUUUCAGUCUGUUGUAUUAGCGAAGUGAUUAUGUUAAUAAACGAAAUGUACGUUUCUGGGACACAGAGAAUCCACACGUAAUGCAAAAAGAUCCAUUGCAUCCCUCCAAAGUGACUGUUUGGUGCGACAUUUUGCCGAAAGUUCUGCAUUGGAUCAUUGUUGGAUUCAACUCACACAGCUCGGGAAACUUUACUUUUGCGCCACCUUGUACUUAUGUUACCUCUACCAAAUAAAUAA